AUGCGCCAACAUGCUGCCAAAGCUAAUAAUAAGCCCCAAAACAACGGCAAUUCGGCUACUCCUGCAAAAAGUGGACCACAAAUAGCCAGGACCCCAGAAAGCAGUGGAGCCCGUAUGAAACGCAACGAGUGGCGAAUCACGAAAAUGGUUUUGGCGAUAUUUUUGUCUUUUGUGGUUUGCUAUCUGCCUAUAACUAUUGCCAAAGUUGCAGAUCCAGAAGUCAAAUAUCCAGGGCUCCACAUAAUGGGCUACAUUUUACUAUACCUAUCAGCCUGUAUAAACCCAAUUAUUUAUGUGAUAAUGAACAAACAAUAUCGCCAGGCCUACAAAACAGUAUUACUUUGCGAAAGGCCGCGAAUAUUGAACUUUACAGCCGGAGGAAACAGCAGCGCUCAAGAGAAAUCGAAGGAGCGACUCGCCUGCAGCUACAACCACAGUCGAACGUUCCUCUCAAUAGUCUCCAUUGCGGAUCCGCCAACAGGAGUAUCUACGGUACAACCAGAUCAAAACGUGUACUAACCAGACAAC